CAGACCUCUCUCCUUAUCAGACACCGGGUUUUGUACAAUAUGUUGAAGCUCUCUGGAAUAUGUGUUGCUCUUCUGGGACUUGUCCUCACUGUUAACGGACAGACAGUGGCACCGGACCCUCGAUGUAAUGCCUUCCCAAAUGGCGAAGGGAACAUUAUGGCUGAAGGCUUGGGGUGUAGAUACUACCUCUCGUGUUUUAACUUCAUCAUCAAUCGCGACCCCAUGGCCUGUGCUGGAGAAACCUUGUUCAACCCCAACUCUGGCAUGUGUGAUGCGGAGGAAUGCACCGACAAUCGCGGUGUAUCUAAUUAUGACUGUGAAGAGGGUGCUCUACCAAAUGAUUGUUCCCGUUUCAACAUCUGUUUCAACACGCCCAAUGACACCACCAUCUUCCAGUGUGGCGAGGAUACCUACUACCACAACGCAAAGCGCGUGUGCGUCCAUCCUGACGCGUUUCCGAACCUGCCACGAGAACAGGGCUGUACCUACAACCCCCUUUAACCGCAGCCACAACUUCAGCAUCUACGUCCACAACAGCUACAGCAUCUACCGUGCAAGCAACUAUUUUGUUGUCUAUGACAAGUGUUUACAACAUAGGGGGAGGGGGGUUCAGUAUUAUUCUUUAGACAAAUGUAGAGAUAACAUGUUCAUAAAAACAUAAAAAUGAUAUUACAAAUGAGCAA